GCCCGCGGCCGCCGCCGCCAUUUCGGGCGCUGCUGUUAGGCUGAGACCCGAGCCGGUCCGCUGGGCGGCGGGCGACGGAGCUGGAGAGGCGCGCGCGCGGCGGCGGCGGCGGCCCAGCGUGUAGGCACCGAGGCGGCCAUGGCGGGCAACUUCGACUCGGAGGAGCGGAGUAGCUGGUACUGGGGGCGGUUGAGCCGGCAGGAGGCGGUGGCGCUGUUGCAGGGCCAGCGGCACGGGGUGUUCCUGGUGCGGGACUCGAGCACCAGCCCCGGGGACUAUGUACUCAGCGUCUCCGAGAACUCGCGCGUCUCCCACUACAUCAUCAACAGCAGCGGCCCGCGCCCACCGGUGCCACCGUCGCCCGCCCAGCCUCCGCCCGGGGUGAGCCCCUCCAGACUCCGAAUAGGAGAUCAAGAGUUUGAUUCAUUGCCUGCUUUACUGGAAUUCUACAAAAUACACUAUUUGGACACUACAACGUUGAUAGAACCAGUUUCCAGAUCCAGGCAGGGUAGUGGAGUGAUUCUCAGGCAGGAGGAGGCAGAGUAUGUGCGAGCCCUCUUUGACUUUAAUGGGAAUGAUGAAGAAGAUCUUCCCUUUAAGAAAGGAGACAUCCUGAGAAUCCGGGAUAAGCCUGAAGAGCAGUGGUGGAAUGCAGAGGACAGCGAAGGCAAGAGGGGGAUGAUUCCAGUCCCUUACGUGGAGAAGUAUAGACCUGCCUCCGCCUCAGUAUCGGCUCUGAUUGGAGGUAACCAGGAGGGUUCCCACCCACAGCCACUGGGUGGGCCGGAGCCUGGGCCCUAUGCCCAACCCAGCGUCAACACUCCGCUCCCUAACCUCCAGAAUGGGCCCAUUUAUGCCAGGGUAAUCCAGAAGCGAGUCCCUAAUGCCUACGACAAGACAGCCUUGGCUUUGGAGGUCGGUGAGCUGGUAAAGGUUACGAAGAUUAAUGUCAGUGGUCAGUGGGAAGGGGAGUGUAAUGGCAAACGAGGUCACUUCCCAUUCACACAUGUCCGUCUGCUGGAUCAACAGAAUCCUGAUGAGGACUUCAGCUGAGUAUAGCUCAACAACCAAUUUUGCUGACAGAUGGGAACAAUCUUUUUUUUUUUUUUCCUCUUCAAUUGCCAUCUAUACAAUUUUCUUACAGAUGUCAAAACAGUCUAGUUUAUAUAAGCGUUCUGUUACCUGUGAUUAUUUUUAGACUGAACUACUAUAUCCCUAGUCCCAUUUACCACAUUCAGGGUACAAAACUGGAGGGCUUGUGUGUUAACUUCUGAAUUGGAAAUUCUAGGUGGUCGCCGCCAUGCCCGAGGGUGUUAGAGGGAUAGGGUUCUUGCCUCCUUUCUCUCAGGCAGUGCACAUCAACCUGUGGAAACUGAUGGACAGAAGAGAAGCGUUGCACACGGCUUACCCUGAUUUAUCCAGUGGCAUUGUUUUCAUUCUGAAACCGUCCUAUCAAAUGGCAAUAGACUGUUCCCUUUCACCCCCGUAAAAUAAUCAUGUACCAUGUGAAUAGUACCCAGUGGGAUUGCUUUUUCAUUUAUAGAACACGACCGUUGUAUGACUCAUUCUGACAGUUCAAAUCCUGAGAUUUCUGAGGACACUACUAGAGGCAUUUGUCUUCCUUCCUAGUCAAUGCUUCAUACUUUUUCUUGGGAUUCUUUGAACCCUGUCAUCCUUUUCCAGAUAGGUUAAUUCUAAAAAAAAAGUGUUUAUUUUCAUUCCAGAUGACAAGCAGGAUGUGCAGAGCACUUUAUUCAGUGCAUAGCUUUAAGCCAGUAUUGGAUUCACUGAGUGGACAGCCAAACUCUCAGCUCUCUGCCUUCCCUCGAGGGGCCAUAGCAGGUUCACAGUGCUGCCGCAGCUCAGUGGGCUCCUGACUAACGGGAUCCAGCAGGGACAUUUCUCCUGAGUGCCAGUGUCCUGCUAGGGGAUUCUUUGAAAUUCUUAGCUUCUACUUGGAGUGGAAGGACCAAUCACUUGGAAUAUUCCAUAGAAGGUUUUGGGGCCAAAUUCUGCCCUCUGCUUUAUGUGCAACUUGUAUAAAAGUCAAGUUAAAAUUACAUGAGUUUGGGAAUAGAGGUAGCACUUUGAAAAAUGUUUGAAUCAAUCAAGAAUUAACUUAGGUAUUAUUCUUCACGUUGCCAGAAUAGUGCUUGAAGUACAUUACUUUAUAAACUGCCUUCAUUUUUGGCUCUUUUUCUCUAUGUUCAAGUUUAGUUUACAAAUCCUUUUUAGUAUGGAAUGGUUUUUAUAGGGUCAGGUGCUCCAAAGAAUAUAGACUUCUGAGACCAAAAAUGAUCUAGGCUGUAUAGACUACAACAUGAAAUUUUCAAGGCUGGUUUCUAGCCUAGAAAAGCACUAACUGGUCUGUGGUAUGGUAUGACCAAUAGAAACACCUUAUAUUUUGUUGAGGGCCUAUUUUAGAAAAGAAACAUACCUUUUUAAUUGUUUUGCAUAGGUAAUGGUUAAUUUGCCUUCUUCCAUGUACACCAAAUUAUGGCCUCCCGGUGACCAGCACAAUGCCUGGCACAGUUGGUGCGCAGAUGUGUGUCUUAGUGAAUGAGGGGUGGGCAGGAGCUCAUUAUGUGGCACAGGGAAGCCACCUGGCACAGGAGUACAUACGUUACCACAAGGAAACUAAUGAAUUGACGCUAAUUUAAUAUAUUUUUACCUCACACUAAGGUAAUGCUUGAUAAAGAGAUUGACUCGACUUUUUAAAUGUUAGCCCAGUGCUAUGCACAUAGUGGGUGCUCAAUGUUGAAUGAACAAAUUUGCAAUACUAGGUUUAAUUUCCACCUGACUACUUUGUUAAAUUUUCAGUUAGAGGAUAGAUACUGUAAAGUCCAAAUACACAUUAAAUCUUGUUUUCCUGAAAGUAUGACAUCUAAAAUAUUUGUAGAAAAACCUUGUCACAACUGAUUUGAGUAUUUGUAUUUUCUUUUGCCUUUGACAUUACGAUAUUGGCUUAUAAUGUCUCUUUUCAUAUUAUGUAAUAUUAGUGGAACAUGCAACUCUACCCAAAUCGUAAGAAUUUCUCAAUGAUGGGUUGUCUGAGGCCAUUAAUAUGAACUGUCAGGUUGGAUUUGGCUGGAUGUGGACCUUAAGAAAUCAAAGGACUUAAAAGUAUCUUCCAAAAAUAAAUGCUAGAAUCUUAUUCAAGUGCAUAUAUACAUUGUCACAGAGCAAAGUAAACUGAAAUUGGCUGCUAUAUUUUAUAUAAUCAUUUCUGCAAAAGCCCAAUUUUUGGAUACUAAUAUUUGACGUGGUUAAUUCUUAUUAAUUUGUUGGAAUUGUUUAUUGUUAAUAAUGCAAAUAGAUAAUUUUUAAUUAUCCUUAAGUAACAUUUCACUAUUAAUGGUUUGAAAUGGGUGAUAAGCAAACAAAUUUGAAAUAAAAUAUCAACAUGUGCCAUUGUAUUAUAACACUAUACACUUUCUUGACAGUUAAAUUUUGAAAAAUGUUUUUUUGUAGCAUGUAUUGUAUAUGUUUAUAGUAUAUGUAGUAAAUAAAAAUAUGGCCAAAUGUUUGGCUUGGUGAUCUUUUGAAGAAA